UGCGCGAGACAGACACAUCGGCACUCAGCGCUCAGAGACACGUAGUGAGCAGAGAGAGAGAGAGAGAGAGACACUGACCACUGACCACUCAACAAUGUACAGCAGGUCCACCACCGUCAGCUUCACCUACCCGGGCUACAGCGCCUACAGAGCGGCGGCGCGGAGCACCGAGCCCGAGGUGUUCACCUUCGACCGGCUCCCGGAGCAGCGCUUCACCCCGCCGAGGCAGCAGCAGCAGCAGCGCCGUAAGGUAACGCGGGUCAUGUAUCCGGCCAAGGUGCGGAAGUACCUGCCGCCGGCCGAGAAGAGCCUGGCCAAGCGCUGGCUGCUCGCGCUGUGCCUGGUGCUGCUGGCUCAGAUUUACACCGAGUGUGACGACGAGCACGACAUCACGGAAGCGGCCGCGCUCUCCGGCGCUCUCGCCGUGGAUCUGCCGGGCGAUGGAGCGUCUGCGUCCUCACCGCUCUUCCUCCACUUCCCCUCCGCCGAGGAGACCGCCAGGCGCGUGACCAGCUGCCCGGAAGAGCCGAGCCCGUGCACGAACGCGACCUGCGGCGUGGAGGAGACUGAAGUGCAGGAGCACCGGCGGCAGCCGAGGAACAGCCCUUACGUGGUGGCGCUGCUCUACCCCGCGGUCUACCACACGCUGGGCAGCGAGCAGUGAGUCCGUCCACUCACCCGGUCCACGCGCACUGCCCUCAGGGGCGAGAUAGAGACACAGAGAGACCGAGCUGAAGACACAGAGACACACCGGGCUUCCAGGAGGAAGACAGACAGAAGGUGUUUCCCUCAGCUGGACUGUUCUGUGCACAUCUACAUCAACAUCUGCACUGAGUGAAAUGAAGGGGUUAAUUCAGCACUUUCCCUGAGCAGGGGUCAAGCCAGGAACUGACAGAGACACUCUCCACACACUUUUCUGGACUCCACUUGAACUUGAAGUGUUUACUUUAUAUUAUUUAUUUCAAGACUCUGGUACUGAGUAGGACAGAACUACAAACCUGAGUGACCAUGACCAUGAAGAUGAUGAUGAUGAUGGUCACUCUGAUCAACACUUGAACCAGUUGUUAGAGUCUGAUGAAGAAACUCUGUAAAUGAUGUCAUUAUUUAUUCUGUUAUUUAUUGAGUCAAUAUUUAAUGUUCUAUUUAUUACAUUUUUUCUGUGUCAAAUAAAAGAGAUGAAGUUUGCA